CAGCUCAUGACCCACACUGUGCACUUGGUUGUUCUUCUUCUGCCACACCCUGCAUCAGGAAGAGGUCACCCAACAGCAGGCCUGUCGGCUGGUGGAGAGACAGGUGACAGGUGAGCUGAAGAAAAAACUAGGAGAGGAAAUCCGAAUGAACGUUACACUACUGAGUCUGCCUCACUAAUUGGUUGACUGCGCAGGAGGUGUCGACGUGGCGUGGCGUCGCACCUCCUUGUCCACCUGCGGUCGAAGACGGAGCAGGAGACCUUCCACUGACAACCACGACUGGAGCAAGAAGCAGACUAGGUUGCGAAGACGAGGACAAUUCGCUGCGGCGCUGCGGAAACUCCCCAGAAACAGUAAACUGCGGACAAACGCUGUUUUUUUCUUUCUUUUUAAAAAAAAAAGUGUGUUAGCGGGCUAGCUAGCUAACUAGCUAGAUCGCAUUAGCCCGCGGCCGCGCACGCGCAGUCAGAGCCCGGGCUCCAGCAGCUCCAGCAGCAGCAGCGCAGCACCUGACCGCGCCCGCGGGCAUAGCGCUCUCUCCCCGCCGACCAUGACUCCUCCUGAGCAGCGGCAGCUCGUCCACCGCCCGCCGCAGCCCCCCGUCCCCGUCUCCGCGCACAAAGUGCAGUUAAUGUGCAAACUGUUUUUGCUGGAAAUCGCCAAGAGGACGCUUGAACAAGAUCUCUGCAACGUCACCAACAAGGCCUAUGAUGAGGUCCAAGGUUUCUUGAACUCAUCUUUACCCACCAGUCUGGUCAGUGAUCUCUCAGUGGCUCUGGAUUCUAAAUGCAGAGCUAUUGAAAAGCUCUCAGCUUCACUAAAGGACCUCAUUGUUGAGCCAGGAGUUUGUGUCCAGCCUGCUGUCAAAAUGGGAGUGAGAACAAACCUCCUUAAGCCACCCAGAGACAAAAGGAUCCAGAUGACAGAUGUUCUCAAGUUCGGGCCCAUGUUACAGAACGUGCUCAUGGCAAGCUCCAUAGCGAAAGCAGUCCAGGUGGUUGGAGGCACACUGUCCCUUCAGCAGCUGAAACAUUUCCUCAUCUCCCAGCCUGCAGCGGCCCAGGAGGAUGACAUGAUUCACAGCAUCUCGUCCGGCUACAAUAGCUGCGUUCAGACUACGAGCUCAUCCUGUCAUUCAAAGGGCAAAACAAAAGAAAAGGCUGUUAUUUAUGAGAAGAAAAGCCAACCAGAUAAUGUGUUACUGCCAUCUGCCGUUAUUCAAAGCCCUAAAAUUGAUGCAGAGAGACCACCACUACUACUACCACCAAUACCGACUAUACUACCAGAAAUGAGAAACCCAAAACCCAUGAAAAUAACACCACUAAUUAGCUGGGGACGGGGGGAUGAUGUCCAGGUGCAACACCAAAAACAAACAUCCUCUCAGCUGUUACACUUCCUCAGAGCCAAAGCUAAAAACAAGGGUGCACUGGAGGUCAAUGUCAUGGAGUGGAAUAAAAGUAAGUACACUUCAUGUUCGCCACAAUCAACGUCGACUACUAUCAAAACACAAAGCCACCAAUUCAGAAAUGUUUUGAGAGAUGAUCUUAUGGAAGCACUCGCCCCAAAAACAUUGCGUGCAGACAUUGAAAACCAAGCACCAGUCUUCCGAGUAAAACAAGUUGAAUCGAGUGGCUCGCUGACCUACACUUGUGUGAUUGCGACAAAGACCGAAUUGUGGGAUAUUGGAGACAUCUUCACAGAGGUGCAACCUGCACACACUGACGGCAGCCCAGACAAAGAUGAAUGCUGCCAAAAUAGAUCUGCUAAAGUGGAGAACUCCAGUGUAGACAUCGAGUGGAAAACGCAAACUCCCCAGUGCACAAAACCUGAAGGAGAGCAUAAUUCUUCUGGCCCAGAAACACCAGUGAUCAACAACGUUACCAUUCCCGAGUUCCAGAUCCGGAAGUUUGAUGAAAUUGAAGUUGUGGUGUCUCAUGUUGUAAGCCCAGGCAACUUCUACAUCCAGCACGCAGACUCCCUCGCGAAGCUGCAGGCCCUUGUCACAGACAGCUGGAGAGCCAGUAGUUCAUAUGCCGAGCAGAACUGCAUUCCAGACAUUGGAACCCAAGUAAUGGGUUGGUUCCCAACGCAAGAACAAUGGUGCAGGGCUCAGGUGACCAAGAUAUGUGGAGUGAGUGGAGAUCAUAUCCCCCCUGAUGGUACUGGGAGUGAGACUUCGAUCAAGGUGGAGGUGAAGAGGCUGGACCACGGUGGCACUGCCUGCCUCUCACUGAAGAACACCAAGGAGCUGACCCUGGAAAUGGCCACCCUUCCACUUCAGGCUGCGCAAGUCUCACUCGCAGAUGUGACGCCUGUGAAUGGAAGAGACUGGUCUGAGCAGGCAGUGGGCUGGUUCAAAGCAAUGGUGCACAACAGGACAUUUUAUGCCAGAUCUUACCCACAGGGGCUGAAAUUAACGGUUGAGCUGUUCUUGGAAAAGGGAAAGCUCGGAGCUAUGAGGAGAAGUGCGCCACUGUCUUUGAGACUGGCCCAAAACGGACACGCAAAACACAGUCAACUGAAGAAUGUUGGUCUCGUGAAAAGAAGCACUGUUCAACUCAAAAUGAGGAAACAGGACUCCGACCGGGAGAAAUACCUCAUCUCGUGCUACAUUCAAAGACAGCUCCUGUGUUUCCCCAGAGGAAUCUGCGAACCUGUGAGUGACUCUGUUCCCUGGAUGGCAGUGGCUCAGGUCAAAGCCUUCCUUCACUCCCCUGCUCUGCCAAGCACAAUAAAUAAUGUGGCAGGCCCGAGGCCUUUUGUGUCCACACAGAUUCCUCCUUUUGCCGGGGAUCUGGAGUCGAAAAUGAACUGGGGGACCUUUUAUGCCGUGAUCAGCGGUGUAAACAGGCACUCUACCGGCAUCGGACGCGUUUGGCUCUCGGUCAUCUUCAUCUUCCGUAUCAUGGUCCUGGUUGUUGCUGCUGAAAGCGUUUGGGGAGAUGAGAAGUCCGGCUUCACCUGCAACACCCAACAGCCCGGCUGCAACAGUGUGUGUUAUGACCAGUUCUUCCCCAUCUCGCACAUCCGCCUGUGGGCGCUCCAGCUCAUCCUGGUCUCCACCCCUGCGCUGCUUGUGGCCAUGCAUGUGGCCCACCGACGCCACAUUGAUAAAAAGAUCCUGAAGAGGACGGGCCGCAGCAGCCCCAAGGAGCUGGAACAAGUCAAGAACCAGAAGUUUCAGAUCACCGGAGCCCUGUGGUGGACAUACAUGAUCAGUAUCAUCUUCAGAAUCGUCUUAGAGGUGGCUUUUCUCUACAUCUUCUACCUGCUCUAUCCUGACUUUAAGAUGGUGCGUUUGGUGAAGUGUGACUCGUACCCUUGCCCCAACACCGUGGACUGUUUCGUCUCCAGGCCGACAGAAAAGACUAUAUUCACCGUGUUCAUGCUGGCAGUGUCUGGGGUGUGCGUGCUGCUCAAUCUGGCCGAGGUGGCGUACCUCAUGGGCAGGGCGUGCAAACGGUGCUUUCGAGGCUCUGAGGACGAGUCCAAAGCAGCCUGGAUGAGUCAAAGAUUGUCUUCCUACAGGCAAAAUGAAAUCAAUCAGCUGAUAGCAGACCAUUCUCUCAAGUCCAAGUUCACUGUGACCAAAAAGAGCCCAAGUGAGAAGGUUGAGAGGUGUUCUGCUUUCUGAGACUCUGCCUUUCCCUUUCCCUAUAAACUAACCAACAUUAAUAACACAAUGGAGCAUGGUGCUCUGCAUUAAUGUCACAUAUACUGUAUAUUCGCUCAUUAUCAGCAUCUAUAUUUAUUGAUGUACUGUAUCAUUCAGACGCUUACUUACUGGUCUUUUUUCGGUUUUACUUACACAAGUGUUAGUUGCUGUCAGAACUUGUCUAAACUAUUUAGAGCCAGUAGUGAAGGUUAAAGGCGAAUACCAAUGUUUUGCUUACCUUGAUUUGUUUAAGUUUUUGUUUAGAUUUUUUUUUUUUUCAGGCUCUUGAGCAUCUUUAAUUCAUUUCAUUAAAAAAAGCUGCCAAGUUGCCACGGAGGGGUGGUUUGCCUGAGCAAAACAAACCAUGGCUACGAGAACAGAAUCAUGCUUCCAUUUAUUUUUGUCAAAGUUGCAUUGUUGUUCACGUGACAGCUCGCUCUAAUGUGUGGAUUUGACGAAAUCCCGCAGGUGUGUCAUGUCUGAGUCCUGGUUAGGUGCCCAAGACUCAUGAAAUGGAUGUGAGAAGUUUAACAUGAUAUAUUUGUUUUUUUGCAUUGUAAAUGUUUCGGUCUGGAAACUCAAGUAUCAGUUUCUCAUCAGCACUCGAAUGCACCUUCCAACUGAUCUUUCACAUUUUUCCAUGCGACUUGGCUUUGAGAACAAAAAAGAAGAAACUAUUAUAAGGAUAUUUCUUUAAGUCUUCAUGGACAGAUUAUCAAUACAUACUGGAAAUUAAAGAAAAUGGGUUGGGCAGCCUGGAGAGCACAAAAUUCCAAAACGUAAAUUAAAAAAAGACACUUUGGAGAGGGCUUUGCAGUAAUGUUGACGAUAUAUGAUUUCUUGUAAAUAAGCAAAAAUGGGUUGUCUGGAAAAAUAAAUACUGUAAAGAUUAAAAUGCUGAAAAGGAAAGACAACGUUUUCAUUUGGAUAAAAAAAAAAGAUAAUGCUUCUACGGAUCAUACUUAUCAAGUCAAAUCUAACACGAUAUGUAAUGGAAGAGAAAGGGAAACGUGUGAGUGGAAUGACUUGGCCACUGGUGGAAUGCUUGUAUUAUAGUGGACUCUGUUGUCUAAUUGCAGUAAAGUUAGGUCAAACCCUCACGUUCACACGUCAGUUAACCUUCAGCCUGGACGUUUCUCAUGGCCUGUGGUAGAUGUCACAUGAUGUUCAGCUGAUGAAACGGUAAAGUUACAAUUAUUCCUUCCUUCGUGUUACUUCUUGUCUGCUGCGUCCCCUUUUAGAAUAUUGUAAAUCCCAGUUAUGUGCAUUGUUUUUUAAGCACUAAAUUAAAUGUAGAUUUUGUUCACAGAUGUAAAUUGUACCCACUUCAUCGCAGCUUCUUUUUUUAACCUGUUUUUCCAUUUGGCUCUGAUAAAUGUUUGAGGUUGACCUACUUUAUUUAACGGAGACCCAUUUCUCUCUGACAUUUGGCAACUGCUUUCCUUAAUAUGACCCUGCUUGCAUAGUAUAUUAUUCAGUAUCCUUGUGGUCCUGAAAAUAUAAUGUCCCAUGCGCUGGUAUGUUAUGAAGUUAACUUGUUUGUAUACACAUUGUAAAUGCAUACAGGAAACCCUUAUGUUGAUAUGCCUAAAUGCACAUUAUCAAUUUACAUCAAGGUAAACAAUCCAGAUUAAAUACACAUUGGGUUGAAACUACAUGUAUAUACUGUGUGUACAUUAUGUAUUAUAAAGAAAUAAAGUGCCUGAUAAUUUGA